GUGAUCUGUACCACUCAGUUUAGUCACAUGACCACAAGAUGGCGAGCCCUACAGUACUGAAGAAAAUCGUCUCGACUAAAUUUGACACGGAUGACUUUCCGCCUGAAUUACAGUGGUUUUCACCACCGAAAUCAUACCAAUCCAAAAUCGACAAUGGCUCAGGGCUCAAACUCAAUAUGGAUCCCCAAACAGACUUCUGGCAGAGAACAUACUAUGUCCCGAGCUGCGAAAGGAUGAUGGUCACUUCUUGUACACAGUGAUAAAGGACGACAAAGUGUAUGUGGAAACUGAGUUUGAGGUGCUCAGUACCAACAAGUUUGAUCAGGCGGGGCUGAUGUUGAGGCUGGAUUCAGAUCACUGGGUGAAAACUGGUCUGGAGUAUUCGGAAGGGGCGUGGCAACUGAGUUGUGUUGUGACCAACUACAAUAGUGACUGGUCGACCACCAAGUGGGAUAGCAGCAAGCUCAGUCUUCGUCUCUACAGACUGGGAGACAGUGUUGUGGUUGAGAGGAAAGACCCAACUUCAGACAACUGGGAGUUUAUCCGUAUAGCUCACCUCAACAACCCCAACAAAGCGGACGUGAAGAUUGGCUUGUUUGCGUGUGAGCCGGACACUAAACCAGGGUCUUCAGUCAUCUUCAAGUACCUCAACAUCAACAAGACCGAUGGCUUCCACCACACCAAUGCUUAACAAUGCUGGUUUAAUCAGAACGUAGUCAGGGAUAUGUGGCAUGAUGGGGUCAAUCUGUAUGAGGUCAGUCUGGUGAUUAUGUUGAUACUGAACAAUGCUAUGGUUGGCCACAUGUCUUUUAAUUAAGGAAGUUGUGUAGUUGAAGAAUUGAAUAGACAAUCUGUGCAGGGAACUUGUAACAUGAACAAAUUGUAUAGUUUUAAACUAUGUACUUAAGAUGCACACACACACACACACACACACACACACACACACACACACUCACACACACAUACACUGUUGUGAGAUGUUCAUAAAAUAAUAUUUCAACUUAUACAUCAUGUUUUAAGAUAACUAAACACAAACAUAUGGUGUUGGGAUAUAUAAUCAUGUAUCAUUAUGUAGACAGGAGGUAGCACAUGUAUAUUGAUACAUUAUAAACACUGGGUUUGAAUAUGACAAGUUGAACGUUUAGUUGAAAUAGUUGAAUAUUAACAUGAGUAAGGAUGUUUUUACUGUCAUGUAACUGCCUUGUGAGGAAAUGAAGAGGGAAUGAAUUUUUUUAAACUUCCAAAGAUGUUGAGUGUAGUGUGUAUAGCUAAAAACUGUCACUUCUAGUCAGACUUGUUCCUUUGUAUACAAACGUAGUAAUCUUAAAUGGCAAUAUUACAUGUCCGAGUGGACAUUACCUUGUACUUUAGUCAACUCUUGAAGCCCAUGAAGGUUUCGUAGAUCAUGGGGUGUGGUGGUCAUUGAUCAUACUUAUGUAAUCUGACUAGUUGUUUAAUUUGAAAUGAGCAGUAUUUACUGUAUUCUGAUUAUCAUACAAUAGUUUGUUACACUCGAUUCUUACACUUCUGAAAUAUAAAUAUUUAGAAUCUGUCUCAUUGAUAAUAAAAGAUUACCAC